GCCAAUACUCUUGUAAGCAUGGUGACAGGGGCGAAACCUAGUGAAGUUAGCAUACCACUGUAUGGGGGAUAUGGAAGAACACUCACCGUUCCUGUUCUCAGCAGCGAUCAAAGCUGCUGCAGGUUUCCUCCGGGUCAAGUGGAUUGCUUAACAAAACUAAUCCGUGAUGCAGAUGACACAAUUUGUAAUAUGAAAAAUUUCAAAGGCGCUGCAGAUCUUUCUCAAGGGUUUGCUGCUGCCAGAUUUAUCGUAAACAUCGUAAAAGGCAUUCGAGUGGGGCCUACGUGCGUAGAUGGAGCAUUUGUUAGACAAACUAUUCCGGAUAUAGCGAAGAUUGCUCCGUACCUUAACACACAAGUCGAUGUUGAUUGCAAGGGAGUUGUCGAAUACGCCCCUCCGACCCUAUCUCAGCAGGAACAAAAAAUGAUCGAUGAGUCAAGAGCUGAAUUAUUAUAUCUCAUAAAAACGGGUGAGAGUUACGUAACAUGUGAACAUGUUAGUAUGAGACGCAUCAAACGCAUGGUGGAAAAGCAAAGUGAAGCUGAUGUCUCACAAGUUCUACCAUUUAAAGAACAACAGCAAGCUAAGCAAUAAAUUUUAAUAUU